AGAUGCCCGCAAUGUUUUGGAGGCUCGAUGUGGGGCAACUCAGCCAACGAAUAUCCUGAUGUCAUCGUCGCCAUGGAUGGUAAUAUGCAACAUAAGCAAUACAUGUUCGUUGGAGGAGAGAUGAUUCUUCCCUGGAAUGAAACUUGCACAUUCCUCACCGAUGCCGAAAUCGAGGAAGCUGCCCGCCAUAUCUCUGAUGCACGAGCUGCAUCUAGAGGCUGUUCGGAAGUAUCUCGUCCCUCAUCCCUUGUACCAGAUGGUGCUAUUGAUGAAUGCGAAGAAUCACACAGAGCCACGAAACGUGGAAAGCAGUCAGCCUCAAAAACGGAUACCUUCUGUUCGAAGGGCCUGAUGGCAACCGUAUGCCGUCAUGACAUCCCCCUUUUCCUCUGCGAUGUACGCACUCCGGGUGAACAGCAGCACUUUUCGAUUGCCAUGCUCCUUGCACUUAGCCGCCAACUACCCUCAAAUGCCACUAUUGGAUUAAUGUAUGAUGUUGGGUGUGUUCUUGAUCGAUCGAUCGCCAAGUACAAUCUUAUCCCUGAAAUCGCUCCUAGAUUGAGCAUCGCCGUUUCAGUCUUCCAUGCCUACGCACAUCAAUUCUGUUGUCAAAUCGCAUUUCACCCCUGGAAACGAAAUGGGUUCGGAAAGUCAAACGGGGAAGGAAAUGAGCGAUUAUGGUCCUUGAUUGUUGAUACAAUUGCGCCUGAACGCAUAAUGAGUGUG